AUGGAAUUUAAUUAAUCAGAUCUCUUUUUAAGAGCUAUUUCUAUAUGCGAUUAGCAAAUGAAAUCAAGCAAAGAUUUAGAUUAUUAAAACUCCUGUACAAAUGAAUACUUUAAAUAUAAGACUGAAUAAAAUACUUUAAGAAAAGAAUAUUAAAUUUGUGAUAAAAAAUGUAAUGAAAAAAAUGAAUGCAAAAAAGAAUGUUUAAGAUUAUAAAAUGAUAAACAAUAACUAUUAAUGCAGUAUUUUCUGAAAACUAUUUGA